CCUUUCACAUGUUUUAUGCCCUAUAAUUGUUCUUCAUUUCACCACACCAACUCAUACACUACUCAACAUUCGGAUCAUAAACUCACCAAUCUCCACAAAUAUAUAUUUUAAAGAGACUUUGAACCCUCUUUCUGACCAAGUCACCCAUUAUUGUACUUAUAUAGCAUCAAUAUUCUAAACAAAGAGGUUAAUUAAGUUGAAUUUAGUGGGGAGAAUAAAUGGACAGCCUUUAUGGUCUUUUGGCUGAUAUUUCAAAAGAUUUGGUGUGUAAGGGUCUCAAUCAAUUACAAUACUCCUUGUGCUUUAAUGGUUUUGUUAAAGAGCUUGAAGAAGAAGAAAACAACUUGACCGAAACAAGAGAGAAUGUAGAAAGACGUGUCACAGAUGCUCGGAGACAAACCUCAAAGACUAGUGAAGUUAUUGAUAAAUGGUUGGAGAAUGCAAAGAUUGAUUCAGAAUAUGUGAAUCGUUUGUUGAGAGAGGCAAAUGCCAGAAAAAGUUGUUUUUUUGGGUACUGUCCAAAUUGGAUUUGGCGAUACCGUUUAGGAAAAAAGUUGGCAAAUAAAAAGGCAGAGCUUGAAAAGAUCAUUCAAGAAGGUAGACAAUAUAUACAACUUGAACGCAUUGCCUCAAUUCCUUCAAACACUUUUGAUAUUCUCACAGAAAAAAGUAUGAAUUUUGGGAGUAGAAAAUAUGCUUAUGAUCAAGUAAUGAAAGCAUUGAAAUAUGAUGGGGUUGGCACGAUUGGAUUGUAUGGAAUGGGGGGUUGUGGUAAAACCACAUUAGCAAUGGAAGUUAAGAAGAUAGCAGAAGCUGGGCAUCUUUUUGACAAAGUUAUUUUUGUGUCUGUGUCUAGUACAGUAGCAAUUCCCAGGAUUCAAGAAAAAAUUGCAAGUUCAUUGCAGUAUACAUUUCCAGAAAACCAAGAAAUGGAAAGAGCCCAACGCUUGUUCAUGAGAUUAACACAGGAAAAAAAUAUUCUUAUUAUUUUAGAUGAUGUGUGGGAGAAAAUUGAUUUUGGUCGCAUAGGGAUUCCCUCAUCUGAACACCAUAAAGGCUGCAAGAUUCUGAUUACCACUAGAUUGGAAGAAGUUUGUACUUUAAUGGAUUGUCAAAAAAUAAUUUAUCUACCAAUCUUAACUGAUGAAGAAGCAUGGGCUCUCUUCCAAAACAAAGCACUUAUAUCUAAAGACACCCCUAAAACCAUCAGGGAUUUGGCAAUAUCAAUUUCUAAUGAAUGUAAAGGAUUGCCUGUUGCCAUUGUAGCUGUUGCCAGUAGCUUGAAGGAAAAACAAAAGGACGUAUGGCGUUCUGCUUUGAAUAAAUUGAAAAGUUCUAAGCCGAUCAAUAUUGGAAAAGGUUUGCAAGAUCCCUAUAAGUGUUUACAGUUAAGCUACGAUAAUCUAGACACUAAAGAAGCUAAAUCACUUUUAUUGUUGUGCUCUGCAUUCCCUGAAGAUUAUGAGAUUCCAAUCGAAGGUUUAAUAAGAUGUGCAAUUGGAUUAGGUGUGGUUGAUGGAUUUGACACGUACGAAGAAGCAAGGACUGAAGUGACUGCAACCAAGAUUAAGCUUGUAAGUUCUUGUUUGUUGUUGGAUGUAGGUGAUAAACAUGUCAAAAUGCAUGACUUGGUUCGUGAUGUAGCCCAAUGGAUAGCAAAGAAUGAGAAUAAGGUCAUCAAGUGUGAACUAGAAAAAGAUGUAACUUUGGAGCAUGGUUCAAUGAGAUAUCUAUGGUGUGUGAAAUUUCCAAAUGAUAUGGAUUGUUCCAAUCUUGAGUUUUUAAGCAUACAAACAAAAUUCGAAGUAUCUGAUGCAAUUUUUGAAAAAAUGGAAAAACUUAGAGUUUUGAUUGUUAGUAAUCAAAAUUAUAACAACGAGCUGCAGUUGUCAACCAUGUCUUUCAAAACAUUACAAAAUCUUCGUUGUUUAGUCCUUCAGUAUUGGAAAUUGAGUGACAUCUCCUUUGUAAGAUAUAUGAAGAAACUUCAAAGUCUUUCACUUCGUCGAUGUUCAUUGCCUUCAUUCCUUGAACUAGAAACCGAUGUUGGAGUUACACAACUUUCAAACUUGAAAUUGUUAGAGUUUAGUAAAUGUGACAUUGAAAGGAAGAACUUUGAAGAGAUCAAACUAAUCCCAUCUCUAGAGGAAUUGUAUAUCUUAGAAAAGGACUGGAAUGGAAACGUUGAAUUAUUUAGUGUCCUCCCCGAAACAUUAAAAAGGUAUGGAAUUGUGUUAGGAUACAAUGAACUCAGUUAUUACUCUCCACAAGAUGAGUUUUGCUCUUAUCAUGCAACUUUAGCGCUUAGUCAUUUUGACAUAUCAAAUGAGAUUAUUAUGCGUAUGGCCAAAAGCGCAAAGGAGCUAAUGAUGGGAAACAUUGAGGGAGGUGCAAAAAAUAUCGUACCUGAUAUAUUUCAAAUUGGAGCAAGUAUGAGUGAGUUGAAUCAACUAAAGAUACAAAGUUCUGAAAUAGAGUGUUUGAUUGACACUAGCAAUCAUUUGAAUAAGGUGGGAAAUCUCUUCUCCGAAUUGUGUAGCUUGACAAUAGCAUAUAUGCAGUGUUUAAGGGCUUUAUGGCAUGGUUGUGUACCUGUCGAUGGAUCUUUUGAAAAAUUAGAGAUCCUAUCUAUAGAAUAUUGUCCUAAGUUGACAUCUCUCUUCACAUAUGACAUGGCUCGAGGUUUGGUGCACUUGAAAUCAUUAAAAAUAUACUGUUGUGAUAUAUUGAAGCAUAUAGUAACAAAUGAUGACAAAACGAUGAAGAGUGAAGAUGAAUUCGCAAUUGGGCAUUUCGAGCAUUCCAAAAUUUUCCAAAAUCUUGAGGAUUUGGAGGUGACUUAUUGUAGAGAAUUAAAAGAUGUAUUCUCUGCCGGUAUCAUAGGAGGCCUACCUCAAUUGAAAAGCCUUGGGAUACAAGAGUGCAAUAUGCUUGAACAAAUAAUUGGAGAUGUUGUUCCAUCAGCACACCAAGAUGAAAAAGAAGCAAAAGAUGAAAUUAUUGAGGAAAAUGAGCAUCAACAUUUUGAGUCUAACCAAUUGAUAUUUUCUUCCAAAAGCACUUCAACUCCAUCACCACCUAUUGUGAACCAUAGCUCAGGAUCGUUUUCUCUGUCCAGCCUUGCACUUCUUACGAUACGUUCAUGUCCAAUGUUGGAGUCAUUGUUUACGACUUCUGUAGCUAAGACCUUGACUUCAUUGGAGGAAUUGAACAUAGAUCAGUGUGAUGGUUUGAAGCAUAUAGUAACUCCUGCAAGAGUGAAAAGAAAUAAAAAGGAAAACAUGGUUGAAGAUGACCAUGAAUUUGAAAGUGACAUUUCAAUGUUCUCAAGUUUGAAAAGGGUAAGUAUUUCGAAUUGUGAGUCAUUGGAAUAUAUAUUCGGAAUGGCUUUUGUUGGAGGAGUAGUGAAUAUUGAGAACCAUUUGCAAACUCCACGCUUGAUGGAACAACAAGUGAGUUUAAAGUUAGAAUAUUUGUCGUUGGCAUAUCUACCUCGAAUGACUCAUAUUUGGGUGGCUACCAACAACUCAUUUGUCCUCCAACAUCUCUACUCAUUAUUCAUAACAAAAUGUCAAAAAUUGAAAGUAAUAUUUCCUUGGUCUAUGUUGAGAUCCCUUCCAGAGUUGGAUGAUCUAUAUGUAAGUGAAUGCGAUGAAUUAAGACAUGUCAUUGAAGAUUCCAAUAUCAUUGCUUAUUCUCCACGACCAUGCUUCCCCAAACUACAAUCAUUGCGUAUUCAACAAUGUCAUAAGUUGAAAUGUUUCACCUCUGUAUAUGUAUCCAAUGAUCUUUCCAACUUGAAGUUUCUACUCAUAGAGGGAGCCACUGCACUACAAGAGUUUAUUGGAUGUGAAUACGACAACACAGGAAACACCAAACUUCAACUUCCACAACUCCAACUUUUAAUAUUUAUGCAUCUUUCAAAUUUUAACCAAGAGACUAUAUUUUUAAAUGUCAAGUAUCGCAUUGUUCGCAACUGUCCAAAACUCUCCUUGACUUCAACAAUUACUCCUCAUGAGCUUCCACAAAAAACUUCCUUAUUAGAAGGUUUGGAAAACUCUGGAAUUUAUAGCUGGUAUAUUGAGUCAUUGAUGGAUGAAAUACAGAGAUUAGAUGAAGUUUCUAGAAGCAACAAUUCUACUGAGUUGCCUUCUUCACAGGAACUGGUUAAUGCGACUUCAAUAAAGUCAGAGGUGGAUGAAAAGUCUAAUCGUGUAACAUAUUCACAGGAGUUGGUGGAUGGAAAAUCAACGACUGGAUCAUACCUGACAGACCAACAAAAUCCACUUGGAGAAACCCAAAGUACCAUCAAAAUGAGCCAUGAAGAUCCACCUAUAUCUGAAAUUAAAUCAUCUUCUUCACAACUCAAUGAUGACAAUCAAUCUAUGUCGGAUAGCAGAGUUGAAAUGGUAGGUCAACAUAAGACAAUUGAAACAAAAACACUGGUGUCUGAAACACAAGAGUUCCAAAAAAUACACAGAAAAAGUGAAAUGACAUCAGUCCCACAAGCGAUGGACCAAAAUUUCUCACUCAUUUCUUCUCCAAACAUGACUCAGAGCACUGAUGAAACAGAGGCAAACAACAUUGGAAAAACUACGACAUCAGAUAAACUUUCAAUACCAACUUCUGUUUUAGAGAAUAUUGAGGAAAUAGGAAGACAAAGGAGCAGAGAUGGACCUGCAGCAGAGGGAACUACAAUUAAAACCUUGCCAAUUGGUGUAGAUAACAUUAGCUUGGGUAGUGGUGUUACAAUUCACAAGUCAAGCAGUGCAGAUAUACUUCCACAAGAUUCCCAAGUUGAAAAAGAUAAUGAGAUGCAUGAAGACAAGUCAGAAAUAGCACAAUAUAAAAAUAUCAAAAUCCAAGAAGGGGUGAGCUUGUUGGAUAAAACAAAGGAAAUAGGAAUUGUUUCAAAUAAUAGAGCUUCUGCAGAUACUCGUACAAGAUUGGAACAGUACAAACACUUCGUUGAUCUCAAUGAUUCACAAAUUUCUCUGCUAGUGGAAGCGAUAGAAGCAUAUCCUCAUCUCUGGAAUGCCUGUGAGAAGUUUAGUGAUCGCUUUCAAGCUUGGAUGUUGAAAACAUUGGCUGAUAUGUUGUUAUUCCUUCGAAGUGAAAGUGUUGGCAGCGUUAAUCCUGAGCGAGAAAAGGAGUUCCUUAAACUAUGUGAUGAAGCUGUUCAACUUGGAUUUGAGAGGUCGUGGGUUGAUGAUAUGCGUCAACGUGUUGUGACAAGGGAUCAUAAGUUGGACCAAGCAAAGACACGAAUUGGUGAGUUUGUUAAUAGACAUGAUCAUUUAACUCAGGAACUAGACAACAUAAAGAAAGAACUAAGGAUUCUUAAUGACUUUGUUGAAGCUCAGACAAAAUGUUUCGACUUUCUCUGAUUUGGAAGUUCUAGUCAAACACUUUGGUUUUAUGUAUUUUAUGUUUCUCCUUAGACAUACAUUUAGUCUUAUUUGCGAUUCUUCUAAGAAUGACUCAGUUUCUGAAUGCACUGUUAUAUGGGGUGUAUAAAGCAAGAUGUUUAUGUUUAUUAUGUUGCAUUUACCGUGCAAGCCUCUAAUUCUUUCAGAUGCUAGUUAAUUUUUUUAGAUGAUUGAUCUAAGAAAAAUCUCAAUCCGUAGAAGACUUGUUCAAAACAUACAACGAGGCCCAUACUAAACUACCCCUAAAACACCCAGUCAGAAACACAAAAAAUCUCAAAAACAGAAGAGAAGAGUUACAUUUAAUC